AUGUAUAAAGAUAUUACUAGGUCCUGUCUCAAAGCUAUGCGGAGUCGUCUACAGAAAGAUAUCUACAAUCUAACAUUAACCCUCAAUAUAUCCACCAGUAUCUCCUAUAAGAAUUACAAUACUCUUAUUACUACUGGAUACACCAUCUCGAAUAAAGUCGGGAUUUAUCUUCUAAGAUAG